AUGGCAGAAAGAAGAGAUAGUUUUGUGUCACGAUCGAUGAAGAUAAAUUCAAAAUCACCCAGAUCUUUGCAAAGUAGGAACACCAAGAAUUUAUCUUUAUCGUUCCAAAAUGACGAAUUCAUGAAACCGUUAAAGGUGGCACCUGCUUCUUCUAUCAACCAGGCUGUAUCUGUAUCAGCGGCAAGCCUUACGGCACCUCUGAUAAUUAACAAAAAUUUCGUGUCUAUGAAACAGCAACAGCAACAGAGGCCACGGUUAUUUAAUAGAAGCAGUGAAGCUGCUAUAUAUACACUGCCGAACUCUUCAAGACCAAUAAAUCCUGGCCCUCUUUCCUUAUCUAUAAAUAAGAAUAAAAUAGAUGAUGAUGCUAAUAAUAAUAGUAAUAAUGAUAAUUUCAGUAAUAAUAUUCCUAAAAGCACCAACGAAGGUGGUUCAGUCGCACCUCCAAUACCAUUAUCAAUAUGUACAAAAAAAAGCAAAAGCAUAUUGAAACGUUCCAAAACUCUUCCUAGUCUUGAAACUUCUACACCACUCAUGCAAGAUAGAAAUAGCAACAGCAACAACACACAGACAACAUUCAUCUUCUCUGAUAAAGGUAAAGAUGUCAACAGUAUAAAUGGACAAUAUUUACAAACUGAUUAUCAUAAUGUGUUUAAAAAGAACGCAUAUCCAGAUGGUCCCCUAUUGGUCAUACGUCCAAAUAUUUAUCUUUAUUCAGAGCCUAGAUUGGAAGAAAUAUUAUCAUUUGAUCUUGUCAUUAAUGUCGCGGAAGAAAUUGAUAACUUAUCAACGCAUUUACCAACAAAUAAAAAUAUUGAAUAUUACCAAAUAUUAUGGUCGCAUAACUCAAAAAUUUCGGAAGAUUUAAAAGAAUUAACGGAAAUAAUGUAUCAUGCUACUUUACAGAAUAGAAGAAUUUUGAUCCAUUGUCAAUGUGGUGUUUCAAGAUCUGCAUCAUUAAUCGUCGCUUACAUAAUGAGAUAUCAUCAUUUGAACUUAAAUAAAGCUUAUGAUGAGUUGAAAUCUAUAGCACAUGAUAUAAGCCCCAACAUGGGACUUAUAUUUCAAUUAAUGGAAUGGAAUGAACAAUUAACACGAAUGAAUGAGGCAGCAACUGAAAAUCUGCAAAAUAAUAGCAGUGGCAUUACCCAUAGUACCAUAUCAAAUGACUUUGACGAACAGGCAUCUUCACUGCUAGAUGCAGAUGUAACUUCAUCAAAGAAUGAUAAUAAUAAUAAUAAUAAUAAUGUUAGUGAUACAAGUGCAUGUACUGCUUCUUCUGCAUCAUCUUCUUCAUCUGCAUCUUCCUCUUCCACAUUUGCAUCUUCAAACUUAAUUACAACAACUACAAAAAUGGAAACUAUUGUAUCUGAAUCUUCAUUAUCUACUAUGUUUAAUUAUCAUGAUCCAGAAGAUGAAAGUAUAAUUGACUCAGAAAAUAAUAAUAUAAAUGAUGGUUCAUCUCAACAACAACAACAACAAAGAUCAUCAUUCAUAAACUCAUCAUCGAAAUAUACACCUUUUUUUAGUUAUAUAGCCCUUAAUAAUAUUUUACCACAAUUAAUUAAUCUUUCGAAGAACUCUAUACAUUGA